GUAUGGAUAUUUUUAUUUUCAUUAUUUGAAUUUUUUUAGUCCCACCCUUGUAAUGGGAUAUUAGCUCACGUAAUAGUAUUUAUGAAGGUCUUGAGAUAUCCUAAAAUCUUACUUAUGUUAUUUUUAUUUAUCUAAGAUAAUCGUAAACAAUAAUUAUCAACACACCUUUUGUUUAUAUCCACAACUUCCCCCAUUGACGUUCACAUUUUAUUUCUUCGAGUUUAUUUCUCUUCGCCGACCGUCACCAAAUUUUCUUUGGAUUAAAAUAUUGGCCAACAAUCACUUUAAGGCGUACUAAUUAUAUAGUACGAGUAAUAUUUAUCCUCAAUUUCAUAUAAUUAGAAAAAGCACAUCACUAACUUUUUUUCUAAUACUUAUGAUUUUGGAGUUCAUACUAUUUGUAACAUAUCAUUAUACCUUAUUCAAAUCGAGUUAUCAUGACUUAACACAAUUUCACAGGUGGUAUACCGAAAGAGAUUGGUAAUCUUAAUAAUCUAGAGAUAUUAGCCAUGAGUUCCAACAAUCUUAGUGGACCAUUUCCAAGACAAAUUUUGAACAUCACAAGUCUCCGUUACCUAUUCCUUCAUGGCGCCUCUUUAAAUGGUCCAAUACCAUCCACCAUUGGGAAUCUAUCCAAUUUGCGGUUGCUAUGGCUCUCUUCCAACAAAUUAAAUGGUCCAAUACCAUCCACCAUUGGGAAUCUAUCAAAUUUGUGGUGGCUAGACCUCUCUGACAACAAAUUAAGCGGUCCAAUACCAUCCACCAUUGGAAAUCUAUCAAAUUUGCUGUCACUAUACCUCUCUUCUAACAAAUUAAAUGGUCCAAUACCAUCCACCAUUGGGAAUCUAUCAAAUUUGGUGUCACUAGAGCUCUCUUCCAACAAAUUAAAUGGUGAGCUUCCAUUCUCCAUCUGCAACUUGACAUCCCUUCAGUUUCUUCUACUCUCAAAUAACAGUUUGGAAGGGACAAUUCCACAAUGCUUUCGAAACUUGAACAAAUCGUUGUCCAUAUUUCAUUUAAAUGCAAAUAACUUUAGUGGCCCCAUUCCAUCAAUAUUUAUCAAUGGGUGUAGUCUUUGGUCCAUCAAUUUGAGUGGUAAUAAAUUGCAAGGAAGAUUACCUAAAUCCUUAAUCAAUUGCAAAAGUCUGAAGGGUCUCGAUGUUGGAAAUAAUAGAAUACAAGAUGAAUUUCCGUUUUGGAUGGAAGCUCUUCCUAAGCUUCGAGUACUCAUAUUGAAGUCCAACAAGUUUGAUGGUAACAUGUCGCUGCCUGCACGAAGCAACCUUCCAUUUCAAAAGUUGCAAGUUUUAGAUAUAUCUGACAAUGAAUUUGUGGGGUCUCUCCCUCAAAUAUAUUUCAAGAACUUUAGAGCAAUGAUGGAUGUGAAGGAAAAUAAGACAGAUCUAAUUACAAGUAGAGAUGAUGACUCUUUUCAAGCGUUCCUGGAGAUGACAGUCACCUUGAAAGGUUUGGAUCAGUUAUUGAAGAGACUAUUGAAAACCUUUACAACCAUUGACUUAUCCUCCAACAAUUUCUCUGAUAGUAUUCCAGAUUCCAUAGGUAAUCUUAAUUCUUUGAGAUACUUGAAUUUGUCGCACAAUAAUCUCAUGGGACACAUACCUGCAUCUCUUGGAAAUAUAAGUGUGCUUGAAUCAUUGGACUUGUCAUCGAACAAAUUGGAUGGAAGAAUUCCAAGUGAAUUGACGAGGUUGACAUUUCUUGCCAAAUUAAACCUUUCAAUGAAUGAUCUCGUGGGACAAAUACCACGAUCUAAUCAGUUUUCCACAUUUGAGAAUGAUUCAUACGUGGGAAACUUGAGAUUGUGUGGAGUUCCGUUGACGAGAAAAUGCAACGAGGAGAAUGGGCAGUGGAUGCAGCCAGAAGAAGAAGAUGAUGAAGAUGAUGAGUACGGAUUUAUAGAUGGAUUUGGAUGGAAAAGUGUGGUGAUGGGAUAUGGAAGUGGAAUGAUAGUUGGAAUUGGAAUUGGUUGUUGCAUUAUUCGAUUUGGAAGGCCAAGAUGGUUGGUGGAAUUCUUUUUUGGUGUUGGAUAUACAUACAACAAGAACAAGAAGAAGAAGAAGACAAGGAAGAGAGCUACUCCAACACAAAGGAGAAGUUGAUUCAAGACAAAUAUAUAUUAUGAGCUUUUCUUUCUUGCUUUUUUGUUCUUUUCCGGAUUUCAGAUUGUUGUUUUU